GCUGUUCAUAUCUGUUACAGGAGCCCAGUGAGCCGUGUUUGGAUGCUCAAUUUGUGGAUGUUUACAAAGGAACACAUGGUGUUAUUUUGAUGCUGGAUAUCACAAAGCAAUGGACAUUUGAUUACAUUGAGAGAGAGCUGCCCAAAGUUCCCCACACCAUUCCAGUGUUAAUUAUGUCCAACCACAGAGAUAUGGGCCAUCACAGAACAGUGUUGGACGAAAAGAUAAAGUACCUCAGCGAGGAAGUUCAGGAAAACAGACCUGACAACUCGGCACCCAUUCGGUGUAUGGAAUCCUCCAUGAGAAAUGGAUUUGGUCUAAAAUAUGUUCAUAAGUUCUUUAAUUUGCCCUUCCUGCAGUUACAGAAAGAGACGCUACUGAAACAGUUAGAGAUCAAUGUGCAGGAAUUCAGUGCUGUACUGGAAGAGUUAGAUAUACAGGAAGAGUCUGAAGAACAGAACUACGACAUGUUUAUUGAGGGUGUAUCAGAGAAAAGACGAGCCCAGCAGGAAAAACUUGCAGUAAAAGCCAUUGAGGAAGCAAAGAAGAAAGAGGAAGCAGAAAAAGCAGCACAGGCAGCUCUGCAGGAACAGGCAGAACAAGCAAAAGGUAAUGUGAUGCCAAAGUCAAUUUCCCACCCAAAUCUCCCAGUGAGUCAGCAAGAUAAGCAGACGAUGUCUGUCUCCCCAUCAGCCAAUCAGUUAUCAGCAUCUCCGCAACCACCUGCACCCUCUCCUCAGGCUCAGGAACAGAAGAGUGGAGGGUUCAUGUCCAGGUUCUUUGGCAACAAGGAUAAGCAGGACAAACAGGAGAAACAGACAGGCUUAGUAAUACAGCCCAGUGGUCAACCUCAAGUAGGCAGUGUGGAGGACUUUGUACCAGAGGAAGGUCUUGAUGCAGAGUUUCUGGAGGACACCAAGGACUCCAAAGAUGUCAAGACUCAAAAGCGAGAGGACAACAGUGACAGUGAUGACAGUGGUGGCAAUCCCAUGGUUGCAGGAUUCCAAGAUGAACUGGACUCUGAAGAUGAAGAACCUCCAAAACCUGCAGCAGACUUCAGAGUGGUUCCUCAUGAUGAAGAGCCCUCUAGUGAGGAUGAAGAAACAACAGGAAGGCAAACACAGGAGUUGGAGACAAAACCACGAACAGCAGAAUUAUCCAGUGAUGAUGAUGACAAUACAAAUCAACCAGGGAUCAUGUUAGAUGAGGAUUUGGACUCUCCUGAUGAAGCGCCAUCUAGUUCUGUGCUUAUUCCACAACAAGUUGCUCAAAAAGAGGAAAAAACUGAAAUGAAGCUUUCUUCACUUAAAGAUAAAAAAUCUGUUACUAAAGAACAAAAGAGGUCUACGACUAGUAGUGAAAGUGACACCAAAUCCACUUCACAGAAAAAUAAAGUUAAAUCAAAAAAGAAAAAAAGUGCAAAGGAUGUAGAACUUACAGACUCCGAUGAAGAGCCUCCAGUUCAGACACAUGUUGAUCAGCCCAGUGUACUUCAGGAGGAUGUGGACACUGUUUCUAUUGAUAGUGAGGAGGAGAGGCUGGCUGCAAAUCAUGUGGCAAUAUUGGGUGACUUGGAUGUCAGUGAAGGGGACGAGGACUUGCAUCCUGUGAAGAAACCUGUGGUUGUGAUAGACACUGAGGAUAAAAAGGAGGUGCCACCAGUCGAACAACGGUCUUCGCUUUUCUUUGAAGACCUCAGUAUACUGGAGAAGGGGUUAUCUGCAGGAUCAGUGUCUAGUAGCCGUCCGGAAACAGAGAAUGAAACACCAGAUACCACCAUUAAAACCAAGAAAAAGAAAAAGAAGAAAGACAAACAGGAGGAAGGAAAGCCUAAGAAAACUAAGUCCAAGAAGAGUAAAGCAAAGGAUGAGGCUCAGACACCGGAAGAAGAGACUAAAGAGAAGAAGAAGAAAAAGAAGAAGAAAAUAGAGAGCGAACCGAACGAAAUUGGCGAGACUAUGGAUGACCUUGAAGCAUUUCUUGGUGGAGGAGGAGGUUAUGAGUCACUCUGAUGAAUCAAAAUUUGAGAAGUGCACAAAAUAUGUUUGAAAUCUAGCAGACAAAGCUGUAAAACAUGGUCCUGUAAUUGUGACUCCUAAUUUUUUUUAAAUAAAAAAAAACUUAAUUGAUCUUAAUUAUGGGCUUGUAUAUUCAUGACAUCCACAUAUCCUGGUACAGUUAGGCAUUUGUGAAGAUGAGUCAUUACAUAUGAAAUUUCCAGAAUUAAAUAUGCUGACUAGUGUAUAUAAUUGCUUUAUGAAGGUUUCAUGUGGACGAAUUGUUGGAAAUGCUUAUCUGUUUUUACGAAAAAUUGUUUAAUGCGUGUUUAAAAAAGAUCUCACAAGGGUAGCAGUUUUAUUGGUGUGAUACUUUUACACAAAUUGGACAGUUUAGAAUAUUGUGAUAGUUAAGCAUAUGAUACAGUAUAUGUCUCUAGUAUAUAAACUAGAGAAUAGAUUAUAUGUUCAUAGAUGAUGGAGCAUAGAUACAUCAUACUCCAAGGAGUAAUUGCCAUGGAACUCCGUUUAUUGUUAUAUGAUAUAUAAAUUAUAUAAUUGUUAUAAUUGUAACUUAGACAAGGCAAGGUGCUUUUGUCCAGCAAGGUUAGUUUGCCUUUUGUUAUCCAACUGCCAAUAUUAAGAUUUAUUUAUUUUAGGAAUUUGCCAGUAACAUGCUAUCAAGAGCAUAACAAUAAUAAUAAUAAUAAUUAUUAUUAUUAUUAUUAUUAAAUGCCUGGUUUAGCCUUUUGCCUGUUUAAGCUUGGAUGAGAUGUAACUUUUCCAUGUGCUUAAGUAGGGUUUAAUAUUUUUCAAUCCCAGAAAUAUUGUCAUUUAGUUUCUUAAGACCAUAUACCAUUACACAUAGGGUUUUACUAUGCAGUUGUUUUGAUUAAUCUAGAUCAUUCAUUGUAUUUGUAACAUGACCACUGUCAUAAUAACAAGCUGUUAGCAUUAGACUUGUGGAAGUGUGUAUUGUGAAUCAUGAUCUUUGUGCAUGUGCAUGAUCAAAAAAGUCCUACACAUUGGGCUAGUUGUAGUAGGGUAAUGGGAGUAUUUAUCCACAGAACUGAAAGUUUUUGAAGUGGGUAGUCCAUUUCAGGUCAUGUGCUGUAGUGAAGCAAUGCAGCUAUAGAAAGCUUUACCUCUUAAAAUGUCAAUGCUCAGAUAUUAUUUAAUGUAUCUUAAAGCCUCAUUAGUUUCAGAGUACUGAUGAGGAGACUUAAAUUUUCUUUUCAACUACCCAGUUUGAUUUUGCUUAUCACCCUUAGGCUUCGUUCACAUGCAAUGUCUAUUUUCUAAAUUCUAUUUUCUAUUUGCGGUAUGUCUUAUGAUCACGG